GGUUGACCCACAGCUGUUCAUCUGGCUGUCGAGGCUGACAGGAUCCGUGGUUGUCUCUGUCCUGGAGGCGACGUGACGCCCUUCCUGGGAGCCCAUAGCAGUGUCCUCUGGGGAGGAGCGGAGCCAACCUCAGGCCUGAUUGACCAUGACGUCUAUAAAGGAGCAGGCAGCAAUCAGCCGGCUCUUGAGCUUUUUACAGGAUUGGGACAAUGCUGGGAAAGCCGCAAGGAGUCACAUCCUUGACAAUUUCAUUGAAAACAACCAAGGCAAGACUGCCUCUGAGCUGGAGCAGGAGUUUUCCCAGGGAGCCAGCUUGUUCCUGGUACGCUUGACCACCUGGCUUAGACUCACCUAUAUGACCGGCUCAAGCUUAGAGAAGGUUUUAAAGUCCAUUGGCAUCUUCUUAACAUCUGUAAACAGUAACCGGUACCUUAUAGAAUUUCUUGAGGUUGGAGGCGCCCUGACACUCCUGGAAACACUCCUGGAAACACUGGGGAUGGAGAAGAUCAAAGAGGAGGACAAGAAGGAAUCCAUCAGGCUACUGCAGGUUAUUGCGAACUCUGGCAGGAAGUACAAGGAGCUCAUUUGUGAAAGCUAUGGUGUACGAUCCAUAGCAGAAUUUUUGGCAAAGUCUAAGUCAGAAGAGACCCAGGAGGAAGUGCAGGUUCUGCUGGAUUCUUUGCUCCACGGUAAUCCCAAGUACCAGAAUCAGGUGUACAAAGGUCUGAUAACGUUACUGCCCUCCGUGUCCCCGAAAGCUCAGCAGCUGGCCCUGCAGACGCUCCGGUGUGCCCAGUCGAUCAUCGGAGCCACACACCCCAGCAUCGUGGACUGCGUGCUGAACGUGCUGCGCACGAUGCACCUGGAAGUCCAGUAUGAAGCCAUCGAGCUGAUCAAGGACCUGGUCAACUACGACGUGUGCGAGGCGCUGCUCAUCGGCCUCGUGGACCUGUUGACCCCACCCAUCCCGGAGACCAGCGAGCUGCAGCCCAAGAUCCUGAGCGGUAGGGAUCGCUGGGACGCACAGCGGGCGGGGCUGGCGGGGCGGGCGCCGCAGUCACGCCGCUGCCGGUCGGUGCAGUACUUCGUGCGGAUCUUCCCGCUGGUGGAGGAGCACGUGCAGAAGUGCAUGGGACAGGAGCUCUACAAGCUCUUCCGCAGCAACGCAGAGGACUUGCACAUGAAAAUAGACAGCGUUCAGGUGGACAUCUUGGCAACCAACAAAGUCAAUGUGUCCAGAGGUGCGUGGGGAGCGAGGGGCCCUGGAUGGAGCACGGGUGCAGCCAGCACCGGACUCAGGCUCGCCUCCUGCUUCCAGAACUGUACCUGCGCGGCCAGGUCUACAGCAACAGGAGCUGUUACUUCUGCCCUCGGGAUCGGCAGCGGCUGCCUGACUUCACUUACUUCCUGGAGGAUGUGGACGGAAAGGAGUGACAGGGCCCCUGAGGCAGCCGGGAGGGCCAAGGCGGAGAGGCGGCGGGGGAGCCUGGGUCCCCUCAGGGCGACUCCACUUGGCUCCGGAUCUCUAGCUGCAUGA